CAACGUGUAUAAGAAACAUCUCCAACACAUGCCAAGAUGUCAGAAUGGGUCAAUGAGUGCCACCCCGCAUCCAAUUGCACAUCCUCUUUUCUAUUUUCUAGAUUCGGCAGGUUGUGACGAUGAAUGAGAUCGAUCACGGCUGACACCUUUGGUGUUUCACACAUGAAUGAUUGUUGAUGACAUCAAGAGUGUGCGUCUGAUCGACGACAGCUUGAGAGCUUGCAACACCAGAUAGAGCUCGUAUGGAUGUCUUUUCCACAUUUCAACGCUUUUGACCAGAUGCGCAAUUAUUUGUCGUAAUCAACAACAAUCAGAGCAACCACAAUGUUGUCGACAUUGACCUUUGCGACUCUCGCAGCGCUGGCGCUUGCCAUCCCACCGCCUGAAUUUGGGUUCGUGGAUAGUGGCAACCACACUGAGUUCAGUGUAGCCUACACAUAUAAGGGCAACACCACCGUCGUCCAAGAAGGACAGCUAUUUGGAGCCAACAUCACAAGCACCAAACCCGCCCUUGCCCUGGACCCAGCAAAAUAUCAAUCCGUCGCCGACUACACCGGCCAAUACCUCAUCCUGAUGGUCGACCCUGACGCCCCCACACCCUCCAACCCAACCCGCCGCUUCAUCCUGCACUGGCUCGCCUCAAACAUGACUCAAAACACCAGCGCCGCCACCCCCCAAACCGGCCGGGCCUUAACCAAUUCGACCCCAGCCCAAGUCCCCUACCGUGGCCCGGCUCCCACCACCCACCUCCAGCGCCCACCGCUACAUCCUCUACGCCUUCGCCCAACCCGACAACUUUGCCAUUCCGAAUGCGUACACCGGAUUUAGCAACGAGAACCGGUCGAAUUUCAAUCUUGAUGGAUUCAUCAAAGAUUCGGGGCUGGAUCGGCCGGCGGCGGGAGAGUAUUUUUAUGUAUCAAGGCAGGAGGGUGUAGAGGGUGGUUUUAUUGCGCUUCCGGGCGGGGAGUACCCUGGGGGAAAUGGGGACGCGGUAUUUGAGGGGGCGACGGGG